UUGGCGAAAGCCUAUUUUAAAUAUGCCACUGAUAGAACAAACAUACGUACCAUAAUAAUAUCUAACUUUUCGAAAUCAUACUCUUUCAUAUCAGACAGAUUUAUUACAUUACAUACAAUUAAAAAUACAAUUAAAUUGCUACCCUCCAUUGUAACUCAUUUGUAUAUAAAACUAAAAAACAAUGAAUUAUUCAUACAUUUAUGUGAAGUGCUUGCUUGUAAGUUGUAAUAGCGUGUUUACUCAAGCGCAAGACGGGCCAUUGUUAUAAACAGCAUUAUUUGAAAUGACGUCAUGUUUCGACUGGAUAGUCAGACGCAAUUUAUCAUGGUCUUUAUGCCAGUCAUCAGAUACCACCUACUUUCACCAAAUAAAAACGUUUCAUUUCCAAGACGUUAGUAAACAAAGCAUCCCACUUUAUUGCAACUGAAGGCAUCCGUCGGUUCACAUCAAAGUGGUGACUUGCCUAUUUUUGAAGAUGUCUCUCCAGGGAUGCAAAGGUAAAAAGAAGGGUCACGACAAACACGAUGAUCCGGAGACCGAGAAUGAAUUUCCACCAUUUGAAGAAGUUCGGGCGUUUCCCGAGUUAACUGUAGUAGAAUUUCCCACUUCAAGUGCUGUUGAUUUAGGAGUAGGAGAUGUUAGCGACAGUACAUUAGGGACAAGGGUGAAUGAUACUUCCGCAAGAAAUGUUUACAUGAGAUUCACAUCCGUUCUCGGUAAUAUACGAAUAUGGAAAGUUGCUGAUGAAAGAUUCAUGUUUUCUGCUGACGACGAAAACAUGCGAUUUAUUACAGCGUAUCAAUGGAAUGGGAACUGGUACGUUUUGUGGAUGCCGGGAAGCGACCCAGCUGGUGUAACAGAAGCGAAUAUGACCUCUGAUAGUCGUGUGUGGCAAGUCUACUCAAAGUUUUCCGACUAUUUUAUACGAUUGGAAAUGCGAAAACAACUUUAUUUAAAUUCCGAUCGAGAAGCUGGAAGACUGAAUAUUAUGGAUGUUGGCGAUCCUGACAAUACGAGAGAAGUAACACCGUUGAAAAUCGAAAUUGUUUAG